AUGAAUAAGGAAGUGUGUAAAAAGUUCAAGGAUCUAAGGGACGCGUUUUCCGAUAAUUUGAACGCUAGUGGAAACUAUGAAUUUACAAAUAAGGAAAAUUUCGAUGAGUAUUGUACUGAUAAUAAAUGUAAUGAUAAUUUGGGUAAAAUUAAUGCUGGAUUUUUUUAUUUGCUUGAUGCAUUCUUUAAGGAUAAUUCUGUGUUUAAUUCUGUUGCAAAAAGUAACAUCAAUAUUGUUGAAUACAUUAUGAUAUGGUUAAGUGGUUCAGGGUUCAGGGUUUAG